CCCUCAGCGGCUGCUUUGCCGCGUUGCCGGCGCACUCCCAGCCCAGCGGACACCAGGAGGAGGAGGCGGGACAGCCGGGGUCGGAGCGUGCAGUCUGGCGGCCCCAGGGCCAAAGUUUGCCAGCAGCACCGGAGGCCAAGUGGGCGCCACGCGCCACCUGCUACCCCCUCUCGCGUCCUCACCCCGGCAUCGCUGCACCGGGGGACCGAGCUGCGGCCCGGUCAGCACCAAGGCGGCGACGCUGUGACGGGAACUUAAGGCCCAAGAGGGAUGUGAAGUCCCAAAAUGACCCUGUUACCAGGAGACAACUCGGACUAUGACUACAGCGCCCUGAGCUGUGCCUCCGAGGCCGCCUUCCUCCCAGCCUUUUUCCCACAGCCCCAGGCCAUCAAGGGUGUCUUCUACCGCAGGGCCCAGCGGUUGCGACCGCAGGACGACCUGCUCCAGGGCAGCUCACUUGGGGACCGCAGGCGACAGAUCAUCAUCAAUGUGGGUGGCAUCAAGUACUCACUCCCUUGGACCACGCUGGAUGAGUUCCCACUGACACGGCUGGGCCAGCUCAAAGCCUGCACCAACUUCGACGACAUCCUGAGUGUGUGUGAUGACUAUGAUGUGACCUGCAACGAGUUCUUCUUUGACCGAAACCCCGGAGCCUUCGGCACCAUCCUCACCUUCCUGCGAGCCGGCAAGCUGCGGCUGCUCCGGGAGAUGUGCGCCCUGUCCUUCCAGGAGGAGCUGCUGUACUGGGGCAUCGCUGAGGACCACCUGGACGGCUGCUGCAAGCGCCGAUACCUGCAGAAAAUUGAGGAGUUUGCGGAGAUGAUGGAGAGGGAGGACGAGGAGGAGCCGCUGGAUAGCGAAGACCAGGACGCUGAGAGUCCGUCCACCAGUGAGGGCCGCCUGGGCCGCUGUAUGAGGAAGCUGCGGGACAUGGUGGAGAGGCCACAUUCAGGGCUGCCUGGCAAAGUGUUUGCCUGCCUGUCCGUUCUAUUUGUCACCGUCACUGCCGUCAACCUGUCGGUCAGCACCCUGCCCAGCCUGCGGGAGGAGGAAGAGCAGGGCCAGUGUUCCCAGAUGUGCCACAACGUCUUCAUCGUGGAGUCCGUGUGCGUUGGCUGGUUCUCCCUUGAGUUCCUGCUGCGGUUCAUCCAGGCACCCAGCAAGUUCGCUUUCCUGCGGAGUCCGCUGACCCUCAUCGACCUGGUGGCCAUCCUGCCAUACUAUGUCACGCUGCUGGUGGAUGGCGCUGCCUCCAGCCGCCGCAAGCCAAGCACCGGGAACAGCUACCUGGACAAGGUUGGGCUGGUGCUGCGCGUGCUGCGGGCACUGCGCAUCCUCUAUGUGAUGCGCCUGGCUCGACACUCACUGGGGCUGCAGACCCUGGGGCUCACAGCCCGUCGCUGCACACGUGAGUUCGGGCUUCUGCUGCUUUUCCUGUGCGUGGCCAUUGCCCUCUUUGCCCCGCUGCUCUAUGUCAUUGAGAACGAGAUGGCAGACAGCCCCGAAUUUACCAGCAUCCCCGCUUGCUACUGGUGGGCUGUCAUCACCAUGACAACCGUGGGGUACGGAGACAUGGUACCCAGGAGCACUCCCGGCCAGGUGGUGGCGCUGAGCAGCAUCCUCAGCGGGAUCCUGCUCAUGGCCUUCCCUGUCACCUCCAUCUUCCACACGUUCUCCCGCUCCUACCUGGAGCUCAAGCAGGAGCAGGAGCGGGUGCUGAUCCGCAGGGCCCAGUACCUCAUCAAAACCAAGUCGCAGCUCAGCGGCAUGUCCCAGGACAGUGACAUCUUGUUUGGAAGUGCCUCUUCAGACACCAGGGAUAACAACUGAGGCAGGAAGACAUCCCUGACCUGCCUGCCAGCUUCGGCAUCAGGCAACCCCCAUCACCGCUGAAGCCUGGAGAAAGACUUUAGUGCUUUCCAGCCCAGCCCUGGCCUGGGACUGACCUGAGUGAGCCACACCACAAGAAGGAUCUGUGCCACAUCCCGGAGAGCCCCCGCCACCCACCCUCCAUCCCCCCACCCCCCACCCCUGACCCCGCCCAAGCCCAGAAGUGAAAGGGAAGCUAGCUAAAGCCAGCAGCACCUCACCCACCCCAGGUUCACUCCUGUUUCCCUCCAUCAGGUUCCAUACGUAAAGAACACGCCCAGCGAAACCUGCACACACCGGGGACUGCCUGGGGGUGGAAAAUCCAGACAGCAGGCAGCCACGCGAGACUUCAGUGCGCGCCCACUGAAAGGAAACCCCUUCCGUUGGGCUCUCCAGCUGUGUCUCUAAGUGAAGCCAGCAGCAGGGUACCCGAAGUGAAAGGACCAUGUUGCUGGGGUCUCUGGGCUAGUGGGGCCCUGGUGGGAUGGGAGAAAAGGGAGCAGACAGACCUUUAGGGGACCGCCGUGGAUGCUGUGUUCAGGCUCCUGCUCCUGGCUCCAAAGCCGGUCCUUCAUCCUUCUUCCUGCUCACCUCCACCCCGUCCUCUGCUCACCCCCCCCAGUACUCUUUUACCCCUUGAAAGCCCUUUUUUCAGACUCCCCCCCAUCGCAGUAGGGGAAACGCCAUAAGCCAGUCAGCUCUGCUGACUUUAAAGGUGAAAUCACUUCAUUUUAUGGUUUAAGAUAAGUGAGAUUUUUAGACUACUCCAAGUUAUUUUAAUAUUACAAGAAAAAAGCACUUUAGACCCCUGACCUGAGCCUCAGUCUAAACCCACAGUAGGCCAGUGCUUCAGGAAGGUGUGACGCAGGAGUCUGGGGAGUGUGUGGGAAGCCUCUGUGCCCUCAGAGGGAGCCUCGCUCCCUGGCCUCGAGAAGCGUAAUCUGUGCAACAAGAGGGACCGCAGGCCAAGCUAGAAGACUCCACCUCACCUCACUGUGUCUGAGUCCUGGGUGCCUGGCACUGAGGGGACAUCUCACACACAUGCACACACGUGCAUGCACAUGUAUACACACGCACAUACACGUGUGUACAUACAUACAUGCACAAACACAUGUGCAUGUACAUCUACACAUAUGCACAUACACAUGUGCACACACACUUGUCCCCAGCCUCACAGGUCCAACAGCUUCCCUGACUGCUUUAUCCCACAUACCAACCAGCUGCCUUCUGUCUGUUCAGCAGCAGAAACUGCACUUUUGAGUCGUCUGGUUCUGACUGUAGGCUGUGCAACUCAAAUCCCUGCCUGCUGCCACACAGUCUGCAGCUUCUCUCAAACCGAGACACCUGUCCAGACUGUCCACCACCCCCCACACCUCCACACCUGUCCAGACAGUCCACCACCCCCCACACCUCCACACCUGUCCAGACAGCCCGCCGCCCCUCCCACACCUCCACACCUGUCCAGACAGUCCACCACCCCCCACACCUCCACACCUGUCCAGACAGUCCACCACCCCCCACACCUCCACACCUGUCCAGACAGUCCACCACCCCCCACACCUCCACACCUGUCCAGACAGCCUGCCGCCCCUCCCACACCUCCACACCUGUCCAGACAGUCCACCACCCCCCACACCUCCACACCUGUCCAGACAGUCCACCACCCCCCACACCUCCACACCUGUCCAGACAGUCCACCACCCCCCACACCUCCACACCUGUCCAGACAGCCCACCACCCCCUCCCACACCUCCACACCUGUCCAGACAGUCCACCCCCCCACACCUCCACACCUGUCCAGACAGCCCACCAACCCCUAAUGCCUCCCUCCAGGCACACCCAGCUGGCCCCAUCUCAUUGCAGGCCUUUCCACCUGCAGAGCCAUCUGCUGGAAUGCCUUCCUGCUGAGCACUGCAUCUCCCUCCAGGCACACCCAGCUGGCCCCAUCUCAUUGCAGGCCUUUCCACCUGCAGAGCCAUCUGCUGGAAUGCCUUCCUGCUGAGCACUGCAGGGCUAACUCAUUCUUUUCACCGCCUCGCUGUCCUGAGCACACACCCCUGCCUCUUCCCCACUUUUUCCCUUCUCUGAUCCUGAGCUCUGGUCCACUUCCUGCAGGGCCAGCUCAGUGGAUACUGCCAGGGACUCUAAAGCGGCUCUCUGCUGCCUCCCAGGGUGUCAUGCAGAGUCAGCACCUAAGAGAUGCUCGGAAAACAUUUUUGAAAAGCAGGAUAGAGGGGAAACAGCAAAAGGGAGCAGCGAUGGAAAAUGCAUCCAUUACAGCUUAGCUCCGAAAUGUCACCAACUGUCUAGAGCCAUACCACCCCAAAUGUGCCUGAUCUCAUGAGAAAUGUCACCGUCAUCCAGAAGUUCACAUAUCAAAGACUUGGUUCCCAUGCAGAGGUGGGGCCUCUGGUAAGGGGGUCAUGAGGGCUCUGACCCCAUCAAUGGACCAACCCAUGAUGAAUCCACAGCUUCAAUGACCACUGGGAAGUGGGAGAAAUUUAGAGGGGUGGGGCCUGGUUAGAGGAAGUACAUCAUCAGGGAUGUGUCCUAGAGGGGUAUGCCACCCCAGAUAACUUCCUCUUGGUUUCCCUCUGCUUCCGGCUACAGUGAGGGGAGCAGCUGAGUUCCGCCAACAUGCCCUACUGGGAUGCUGCACCUUAAAGUGGGCCAGAAGCAAUGAUGCCGAAUGACCAUGGACUCAAACCAGAAACCAAAGUAAACCUUCCCUCCUCCAA